GUGGUGUCUUGUUUAACAAAUAUUAAGAGUAAAGGAGGAGAGAUAGAAAAUGCAGUUUAAUUCUUCUGAUGGAUAAGCGUUUAUUGUGUUUCCAGCAGACUUGACAUGUUGCUCUCAGCUUGCAUGAGGAGGAAGUUUCUCUGAACUUUUGAGAAGGUGUGUGCAUGCGUCUAUGCUGGCAUCCUGUUGAGGCCUGAUGUGGUUAGCGUGCGUUAAAGCCAUUGUCUUAGAAAAAGAGUCAGUGAAAUAAAAUUGAGUUUGAUGGUGUUGAGCUGGAUUGUAUCUGAAUCAAGAAAAACACACUGCUGAAGAUGAAGACUUACUUCGUCCUUUUACAUGUUUUCGUUUUCCUUCUCAUGUUUGAUUAUGGGAUGUUCUCCACAUCAUCAUCAUCAUCAUCAUCGCUGUCCUCACAGGAGUCCCCGACUGCAAGCUCCAACAUUCCCACUAACAUCACUAUGACAACAGCACAAUCAAUAACUGAAAGCGAGUCCAGUGUCAUGAUCCGUGAUAACCCAACCACAUCUUACUCUGGUGAUGAGGACGAUAACAACAAUACAACUUCUGUAACAAAUACACAACCAAACGUUUCCUUAGCAAUACUUCAACCAGGGGUUAUGAACCCCACUCCGGGGAUCAUCAAAGACAAUUCCGGACCAGUAACAGGAGGUGUCAUCAUUCUGAUCCUUAUCCUGAUCCUUAUCAUUCUUCUUCUUGGCAUUUUGUAUGUCCUGAGGAGGAAAGGCAGGAGUUAUUCGUUUGACUUGACUCGCAGCGACGCCUGCGCCAAUGAAUACGACACACCGCUCAGAGAGCAACAAGGGAUAAGCUAUGAAUCUACAAACAAAGAUAUGCCUGUGAGUCUGGACUAUAUGCAGGAUGAUAAAUGCCAGGAAAAGACCAGCCCGAUACUCAACGGUUGUGCCAAUGAGACAACUGAACAAACAGAUGCGCUGGAGAGCGAUCAGAAUCUUCCAGAAGAGAACAGCUUCCCCUCAAGCCCCGGUCUGACUCCACCCAUAAGGAAGGUCGAGUUUAACCUGGAUCUGGAUAUGAUCAGCGGAGAGUUUGAGCUGAACACGCCGACCUCCGCUGACACCUGUGAUGCAUCUCUGAAUGAAAACAACAACAACAUCUUUUAUGCUGGACUGGGACCGGCUGAAGAGAUCUUUACUGAAAUCAGUCUGGAUGAGCCAAAAGAACAAGUGUAGCGUGCGUUAUCCAACCUGGUCAUUUUCUGCUUGCCUGAUCCACAGUUGCUUUAGAUUAAAGCUUCUGCUAGUUAUAGAAAUGUAAAAGACUUGACAUACACGCGCACACACCGCGUGUCACGGGCAUACAUAUAUCAAUAUAAAUUAAAGAUGUGGAGUGUAAUAUUUUCAUGUUACAUUAAAUUAGCCACAAUUAAAUAUGCAGAGAUGACGAUUAUAGAUUGAUUGGAUGUGUGUAAACCCUGUGACUGUAUUUGUUGGCCCAAGAACACACAUCUGCUUUAAUUAACUAUGAAGAUUGUAUAUUGUACAUAACUUUAUGGAUAUACAGUACAUGGUAUUUGAUGAAUGUUCUUAAAAAACAAUUUGUUGGUAUAAAAUAUGUUGCAAUUAAACAUGACUUGAAUAUGAA